GGUACUGCAUGAAUGAAUGUUUGCAUGUUGGUGAUUUCAGAAUCCCGAUUGGGGCGUUCUUAAGGCUCCGAUAAAGGCGGGGCUCACUCAGCUCCAGGGGGAGGACCUCAACAAUCGCGCGGUGUCUGUCUUCAAAAUGAUUUUACGAUACAUGGGAGAUCCCCACCUGAGUAAGAGGAGAGAAAAGGCAAUGGCUGACUAUAUCGUACUGAUGGGUCUGAACAACGAAGGACUUCGAGAUGAGAUUUACUGUCAGGUGGCGAACCAGUGUUGGAACAACCAGGACCUCACCGCCAUAGGACGGGCCUGGUGUCUGAUGGCUGCGUGCCUCAGUGCCUUCCCACCCAGCGAAAAACUCUUCAAAUACCUACUGAA